CACAGUGGCUGAGCGGCGAGGCUGGCUGUGUGUGAAUGGUUCUGUACAGGGGGCAGAUUUUUAAAUAAAAGAGUGUUUGUGGGCAGUUCAAGGUCAGAAACAAACUAAGGUGGUCAGGAAUCGGCUUUUUCUCUCGCCCCAGUACCAGGGGAAAUGUUACGAUGAGGGGAUUAUUUCUUUAAUCGAGGUUGUGUUUCACCGCUGGGCUCACCAGCUGCUUUUUAUCCCGGCGAAUACCGCUAGACCCGGGCUGUAUCCAACCAGUCGGCUCUGCUUUUUACAAUGGAGUGCCUUUUUUUAACGGUACAAUGCUUUUCACCUACCAGAUAGGGGGAGUCCAAGCUGAAAGAUGAAGGGAAUAUGCUGAUGCCUGGCGAUCGGCAUCAAUGCAAACGCUAACCUUUAGCAGACAGGCGACAGAGAGGGACAGCGAAGCAAGAGGAGACAAGUCAGAAAGCCGUAUUUUUCAUUUCAAACUCGGUGUGCGCGGCGGGGAGCAUGGAGGAGUAGACUGUCUUUAACAGGUCCGAAGCGCACUUUUCAACACCCCCGUCAUCCGACAAGAAUAUGAUCCGGUCAAAUCAUAUGGACAUGCCUCAUUAUUCAAUGAACACUGUCUCUCACAACGCAGCCUUUACGCGCAGGAGUUAGCCGGCGCUUCGCCAAAUUUCAAAGGCUCUUGUCGUCCCACCUUCUGUGGAGCUGUCGGCACUCUUCCUGACAUCCGGCAUUCGUUGGAGCGGCGGCAGGCGCACAGGGCUCCCUGAUCAGUGCCGACCAGAAGCGGAGCUGCGGCUGGCUUAACGGGGCUGAGCACACUGUCACGCUGUCGAAGAAACUACCCCCACCCGACGUCUGAGGUGGCCAUUCCAGCGAGCAGCAGUCAGUCAGGAGUGACAGUGAGAGGCCACUUGAUCCUAACAGACAGGUUGCACUCCAGUAUGCAGUUUGAGUGUUAAGGAUGGAAGACUCUAGCUUGUGUCUUGGUGUGUCGUCAGCGGUGCCUGACGCCGAUGCCCAUCUGAGCAGUGCAGUGUUAAAUGGCCGCUACCCCAUCAGUCAAAAGCUGCAUCAGCUCACUGCCCAGCUAGGACACGCCUUUCCUGAUCUACACCGCCCACAACAGAUCCCUGAAGAGAAAGCAGCCACACCUUUGGAUGAGAAGACCCACCACGCAGCCCUGGCCAGUCAACCCAUCAGCAGUCAGAUGGCCUUGCUAGCCAAUCAGCUCAACAGAGACAUCGAUGCAGGAGCUCUAAGUGGGUUGAACGGGCGUGUUGAUCUGCAACAGUUCCUCAAUGGCCAGAACUUGGGCAUAAUGUCCCAGAUGAAUGAUAUUGAAGACGACGCUCGCAAGAAUAGAAAGUAUCCCUGUCCACUGUGCGGGAAGCGCUUCCGCUUCAACAGCAUCCUGUCACUGCACAUGCGCACACAUACAGGAGAGAAACCCUUCAAGUGCCCCUACUGUGACCACCGAGCAGCUCAAAAGGGCAACUUGAAGAUCCACCUCCGUACCCACAAGCUGGGGAAUCUUGGUAAGGGGCGCGGUCGUGUCAGAGAGGAGAAUAGGCUGCUGCAUGAGCUGGAGGAGAGGGCCAUCCUGAGGGACAAGCAGAUGAGAGGGAGCAGCAGUCUUCUCCAGACCCCACCAACACCUCAUCUGAGCCUCAACACCACCGCUAAUACCCAUCAGCAGCAACUCGGCUCAGCCUGUGGCCUCCUCCCACCCUCUGGCCUUGUAACCCCAGAUCCAAUUUCCCAGCCUUCUACUUCACCAAAGCCGGCGGGAACACAGGAUGAGCAGUCCCUAAACCCUGCAACAGGCUUUCGCUGCACAUUUUGCAAAGGGAAAUUCAAGAAGCGCGAAGAGCUCGACCGCCACAUUCGCAUCCUCCACAAGCCCUACAAGUGCACCCUGUGUGAGUUUGCUGCCUCUCACGAAGAGGAACUGAUAAGUCAUGUAGAGAAGGCCCAUAUCACAGCUGAGACCACACAGGGCCAAGGUGGGAGUGGUAGUGGUGGCACGCAGAACGCCACGGAAUUCCGCUGUGACGUUUGCGGCCAGGUGUUCAGCCAAGCUUGGUUCCUCAAGGGCCACAUGCGCAAGCACAAGGACUCCUUCGAACACUGCUGCCAAAUCUGUGGUCGUCGCUUCAAGGAGCCCUGGUUUCUCAAGAAUCAUAUGAAGGUGCAUCUCAACAAGCUGGCCAUCAAGAACAAGCCACCCCAGCCCAGUGAGCAGGACAUGGCUGCUGUUAACAGCAUGAGCAAUCUGGCUCAAGAAGCUCAUGCAAACCUUUAUUCCCGCUACAUCUCCUGUCUUCAGGGUGGCUUCCUUUCACCAGACAAACAGGGCCUCAGUGAGCAGCACCAAAUGUUGGCUAAAGCAGGCAUAGCUAUGAAGGAAAAGGAGAUGCUAGGGAAGCUUCUGGGGCCAAUGGCAGGUGGAAUGGGCCACGGGCUUGGGGAAAAUGAAAAGCGCUCGCUACUGGGAUGUCUCAACCUUGUGCCACCACUCAAGUCCAGCUGCAUGGAGCGCCUCCAGGCAGCUGCAAAAGUGGCUGAGAUGGACUCCCUCAAUAGCUACCAAGCCUGGCAGAUAAUGGCUCGUGGCAUGGCUAUGGAUAGGGCUUUCAUGCCGAAGGAUCCGCAGCACCAGCACCAUAUAGCCCCGGGACAGGAUGAUGAGAUGGGAGGUGCUGGGGCUUUGGCUUCCUUCUCAAAGGAUAAGCAAGACUACUCCUUGAUUUCUUCCAAUGAUAGCUCCAAGCAGAAGCAGCUCUCGGAGGCCUUGCAGGGAUCCAAGGCAGCAAGUGGAGUCAUGAUGUCCAUGAAGGAGGAUGCAAGAGGCUUUGACAGUCACCGUGACUUAAUGUCUCACCACGGCGGUGCCGAGGCUCCUGGAGCCCUGGCUGGCUUGGGAAGCCCAAACAUUGACUACAGCCUCUCCAACCUCUCUGCCCUAAAGGAGAAGCCUUCAGAGUGUCCUGACUGUGGUCGGGUCUUCAGAACCUACCAUCAGAUGGUCGUCCACUCCCGCAUCCAUGGCAAAGACAGAAGAGGCAUUGAAGAAGCACUCCAGCAACAAGGUCUGGAGGAACGCCGUGGAUCAGCCAGUGACCCCGAGUCUCAGUCCAUCAGUCGCUCCACCACUCCUGGAUCGUCCAACGUGACAGAAGAGAGCGGGGCUGGAGGAGGACACUCCCAGACAGGAAGCGUCCAGGAUGACAGCCCACAUCCCUCCUCACCAUCUUCAGAUGUUGGGGAGGACCUGGCGAAGGCAGCGGGGAGCAUCCAGCCGUCUCUGUCCCAGCAUCGCGAGCGAAACAUGGCCUCGUCCUCCAAGGAUUGUCCCUAUUGUGGAAAGUCCUUCCGCACCUCCCACCAUCUCAAAGUCCACCUGCGGAUACACACAGGAGAGAAACCCUACCGGUGCCCUCAUUGUGACUAUGCUGGCACCCAGUCUGCCAGUCUGAAGUAUCACCUGGAGCGUCACCACCGUGAGCGCCAAAAUGGCUCCACCAACUCAGCUCCAUCCUCUGGCCACACUCCUUCUUCUGACCACAAAGAUGACCAAGGGAAGACAGCAGGUGGUGGCAUCUUUGCCCGACCAGAUGUCCUCCGUAAUGUUUUCAAAGGCAUGCCUCCCAACCUGGACUUCAGGGCAGGUCCAUUGCUGCCCCAUCAGUGGGCAUCCGCCGGUAUGAUGCCUCCCCAUGACCGAGAUCGUGAGCGGGAGCGUGGAGACCGCCGUUUUGACUCCUCCUCGGCUGAGAACAUGAAAUCUGCUGAUGGCACAUCCGCUUUGGUCUCAACAGUGACAGACAGCUUCUCUGACUUGAGCAGGGCUUACCAAAGCAUGAUGGGGAACGGAGUCCACUUUCAAGGUUCUCUCCAGGCCUUCAUGGACAGCUUUGUCCUCAGCUCCAUGAAGAAGGAUAUGAAGGACAACCAAAGUCCAGCCCAGCUCCAGGCCCAUUGCUACAAUGAUAAUGGUGAGCCCAAAGCAAAGAGGGCCAUCUCGGCUGACCAGGACAUAGAAGAUAAGCCUGAAGCUAAAAGGAAGCCAGAGCCUGGCAAACCGGGAUCCCAGUAUGAACCACUUGAUCUGUCUGUGUCAGUCCGGCCUGAGUCAGCAUCUGGAUCCCUCCCCGGCUCCUCGAUAACCAUCCAUGAUAACGUGGCUUGGCAUGGCUGCCUCUUCUGUUCCUUCUCCACCCCAUCAUUGGAGCUCAUGGCUCUGCACCUCCAGGCCAACCACCUGGGUAAGGCUCAGCCACAACGGUCUGAUAACGGCAAGGAGCUCCAUAUGGAGGCUUCUCCGGCCACCUCCUCCAUUCUCUCCUCCAACACAAAGAUCUCUGCACUUGACAAAGAUGGAGACAGAGAUGGAGAGAAGAGCCAUGGAGGAUGGAACAACCACAUGGACCAGACUUAUAACCCAUUCCAGAGUGACUUCUUCAGGCGGUUUGGUGGUUUAUAUGAUGGAUCCCCAAGGGACCAGAACCUCCAAUCGUUCUUAGCUCCAGCUGAGCAGGUUCUGGACCUACCAAGCCAAGCCUUUGGAUUGGCUCCCUCAGCCAUAGAAGACCAGGUUGGUGAGAAGGGCUCCUGUGGAGCUGUUGAAGAGGACCAGGUUGGAUCAGAUGAUGAAGUUGCAAAGGCAGGAGUGCGCAGUACCAGUGAGACCCCCUCAACCACCCCCAAGAGACAUCUGCAACAGAAUCACUCUGAUGAAGAAGAAGAGGGAGGAAUGGCUGAAGGAGAGGAAGAAAGAGAUGAAGAUGAGAAAAUGGACAUGGAGAGAGAUGAUGAAGGAAGUCCACCAUUAGACCACAUCCAGAAUCACCCAAAACAGCUCCAAGAUGAUUCCUCUAUGCCUCGAAGGAGUGGAGUUGGUUUGGCGGCUUCUUCCUCCGCCAUGAAGCCACUUUCUCUGGUUCCACAAGCCAAGAAUCAAGCUCUGCCUCUUGAGAAGCAGUGGCAGCAGAGUCUGGGCCUCCUCUCUCCCGGUGGUCCUCCAGGACUUUUGAAGGCUGAGCAGCAGACCCACCUAGAACAGCAGAUGAACAUGUUGUCUGUCCUCAGAGCCUACAGCAAUGACAACCUGCCUGCAUUCAACGGCCUGGGAGGCGGAGCGGGAGGAGCACCCACAGGGGGCAUGAAGAGGCCAGACGCAUCUGUGCAUCUCUGGGUAGGAGAGGAGGACCAGCCAAUGACCCAUGACCCCGCGCUGACCCUCGACCCCAACCAUCUUAACAACGACCUUAACCACCCUAACAACCAUAACCUAGGCGACCCAGAGGGGCUGGACGCCCACGCUGUAAACAAAGACUAACGUCCCACACCGGAGCAAGGCAGGAUGAGGAGGAGGAUGAUGAUGAAGGCGAGGAGGAGGAGGAGGAUGAAGGAUUAAUGAAGGAAUACACUAUAACAAAGACUUUAUUUAAGAUGAAAAAACACAUACUACCGUCAGAGUCAAGAGAAGGCGAGAACUUUAUGAAGGACAGUUUGGGACAGUUUUCCUGUGCGGACGGAUUUGAGAGAUGGACCUAAUGACUUUUGCAAACAAAGUGACGGAAACUUCCCUGUUUUGUCUCCUGUGGUCUGAAUGCCCCUUGUCUUCGUUGUCUUCUCUCUCUUAUACAAUGUUUUGGUUUGAUUUUGUUCUUUUGAUGAAACUACCUGUCUGAUUAGCACUUCCUGUAACUGGCACCGCAAUCUCUGAUACAUUCCUGCAGCUAGAAAGGUGUGUCUUUUUUUUGAUUAGGACUGAAGUGUAGUGCUUAAUCAAACGCUUUCUAAGACUUUCCUCUCCUGUUAUUAAAUGAAGCAGACAGUUACUUCACGUCCACGGACACCACCAUUGUAUUGUACCUGGAAUGUAAUCUACUGUAGAAUAGAAACUUUACCGGACUGUUGACAGAGACCAAGCACAUUACCUGUCAGACCAGCCUCCUCUGGCUCUCCUACCUGCUGUCAUAGACUCACUAUUUAUGUCACAUGACCAUCCAUCACUCUGAUCGUGGUUGAUGAAGGACAGGGCACCGUGAGACAAUCUACAGCUCAAGUUUGUUUCCUGAAAUACGCCUGUAUCACAGGUAGAAAAACAUACCGACAGUGGACUUUUAAGUGAUGAUGGUGGUGCUAAUGAUGAUUGUGAUGAAGACAGAUUAUUCCAACUGCCCUAGAUGUACUUAUAAUACGUAUCCCUACUCCCAUAUCCAGGCUAUUUGAGGCCUUCGCCCUGCUAUAUGGCUCCCUUUGUCUUUUUUCUUGUUCUGUAUCAUUCAACGCAGCCCCCGUAGGCGCUUACUGUACAUAGAGAGAUAUACAGUUGUUAAAAAAGUGAAGUUUUAAGGAAAAGCAAAGCGGUGACAGUAGUUUACAUGGCCACAGUCUCAAAAGGUUGGCAUCCUUUUAGAGUUUGACAGAGAAGAAUUAAAAAAAAAAUUAAGAUCUCUAAUAACAAAAAAAGGGGGAACAGUUUCUUUCUUUAUCACCCUCCACCCCUCUCUCUUCAUCUCUCGUGUCAACCUCAAGGACUUUACUGUCGCAGAUGUUUCUAAAAUACUGCCACCCAUCAUUGUUGCACAGUGUUACUGACUACUGAAAAUGGUUUGAUGUAUUUACUUUAAGGUGAGAAAAAAUGAACAAAAAACUGGAAAAAAGACAUAUUGUGUAUAGCCUUAGAUACAAGUCAUCUGUUAUUGCUUCUACAAAGCUAUGUAGCUGUGCUAGACUGUAGGACGUAGGGUUGAUUUUAUUUUGAACUUUUAUAUGUACUGUACAUUAAUGCCUUCUUCAUUUACUGAUCAAAAAAAAAGAGGAAAAAGAUGACAAUCGUCUCCUGUGCUGCAAACAUAUUUGCCCCCAUAUAUACAGAAUCCAUUAUGCAUAGAGGGACUUUAUCCUUUCUUGUUUCUUUCAUUUGUUUCGGUUCUCAGAAGUAUUUUGCACUGUGAUAGUAUUAUAAAUCCAACCUAUACAGUACAAAACUAGCUAACUAACUAAACUGAAGGUGUGUGUUUGUGUGUCCCUUGGCAUUGUGAAAUGUUUCUACGUCAUUUUUUGUGAACCCAGAGAAAAAUUCUAAUGCGGUAUGUACAGUUCAAAUAUAAUACUUCUUUAUUUCAGUUUGAUCAACCUCUAUACUGUAUGUGGCAUUGACAAAUUGUUACCCAGAUUUCUUUUUGUAUGCAAAUACCCUUUGACCUGCAGCGUAGGCCUGUUACUGCUUCAGCCUGACUCAUAUUCAGCGCUCAUGUUCCAACUUCUACCGCAGUACAGCCUGUAUUCUUUCCCAUUUUGAUUUAUGUAGAUUACAAUUAACCAGUCUUUCAAUAUCAAUAUGCCAGAAAAAGAGGGGAUUCAAAACGAAAUCAUGAGAGUGAGGAAUAUGAAGAGAGAGAGUAACGGUUGUGGGGAAAUAUAACAGGGUGUUUGAAGGGAGGAAAUCUGAAAAUAGGGUCUGAGUGAACCAAUCAGACGACUCCUGCCUGAGGCGCUGGCCGAUGGCUUUGACCUUUGACCCUAUCUCAGUUUUCUGUGGGUGUAAAGACGAGAGAUUAACGGUGAGAGUCUGGCUUGGACUCUCUCCUUCUCUGAACCAGCUAUAAUGAGCAUUCCACUCCACAUAUUAUGUACAAAACCUGUCUUGUGAGCUGAACACUCUUUUUGUUUUGCUGUACCCUCAUGGCAGAUGCUUCGUUUUGUAACUACUGAACUGUACUUAUAGUAAAAAUAAAAUGUAUUCAAACUAAAAAAAAUGGAUUGUCACAGAG